AUGUCUCAGGACAACAAUGAAAGUAGUCCAAUCAAGGACCAAGAUGCUGCUGCGUUGCUAAUGCUCUUUCAAAGCCAGCCGCAGAACUAUCAUAGACCGAAUCAGCAGCAGCAGCAGCCGUCUCAAUCCUCAUAUAUAUAUCAAGCACCGUCACAUAUUCCUGAUAAAACCGAACAGUUACCGCAUUUGCCACGGAUAUUUGAUUACGAAGUACCGAAUCAACAGCAGCAACAGCAACAGCAACAGCAACAACAUCAGCAACAUCAGCAACAUCAGCGGCAGCAAUCACAAUCUAAACAGUCGCAGCAACCGCUGUCUUCUUAUCAUUUGAGGCCUCCUUUUAGCGCUUCGAACGAGUCUCAUGGAAAAGAGCAGAACGCUCUAACGCCCGUCUCAUCUGCAAAUAACGACGGCGACAAGAAUGGUUCAAAGAUGUCCGAUAAUAACACAAGUCCAGGUCCUGCAGUGGCUGCUCUGACCAACGAUGAUAACAGAGGGAAAGCUCGUAUAGCAGCUGCGGCACUGGCGGCCGCCGCAGCUACUCCUAUGCCAUUAUUGAACAGAUCUCAUAUUCCUGUUUUGGGGCACGGCAGUGCUCCGACUGUCACCACUCAAACUGUUACGACCACUUUGCCUGUUCAAAAUGAUCAGACUUUAUCUUCAAUUCCGAAUUCAGCUCAUGCUACCGCUCCUUCCCCCGAGACUUCCAGCACGUCCUACGCCAGAGGCCCAUCACUUGCGUUCCUUCUUUCUUCCAACUCUCAAGAAUCGCAAGAGGGAAAGCAGGCAAUUGAAAUUUACAAGAAUGAAAAGAUAGAACCUGAAAUAGAAACACCAAGAACUAUUUUCAAAGGCGAAGAAACAGAACCAGAGACUGAGCAAGAAGAGGCGCAAAAUGUUGCUGUCAAUAAAGAUUCUUCAGCUAAAAACGAGAACCCAGCAAAAGUGUCGGACCCACUUAAUGAUGAAACUGACAACAGCUCUACAGAUAGAAUGCCCACCAUGGAAAAGGUUGACUCUGAAGUUGAAACCGAAACAGAGGCAGAGCCAAAAACAGAAGAAAAGAUUAUCUUGGAUAAUCAAAUUCCACAUAGAGUCGACCCUGACAGUGGACUGAUUGGAUGUAUUUGUGGCUCUACUGAAGAUGACGGCUACACUGUUCAAUGCGAUAGGUGCUUUAGAUGGCAACAUGUCGCUUGUAUUGAUCCAGUUGCAAUUAGUGACGAGAAUGCUGUGUAUUGGUGCUAUCUCUGUAAUCCAACCGCCGGUACCAGGAAGAAAAGAGCCAUUCAAGACUCUAAGACUAAUAAAAGAAGACGAGGACCCAAUACUCCCCCAUUACUUGAUGCUUCAAAUGAAGAUAACUCCAUCCCAAACACAGAUAAUCGCACAAAGGGUAGUAGAAGCACUACGCCAAAGGCUCCAGAGGAAAGAUCGAUACCAAAAGAAAAGCGCAGAGCUAAAACAAUCAAAGAAUUGGAAGAGUCUGACGAUUCCUUAAUGUUCAAAGAAAACCCUGAAACUUUAUAUUACUCUAUUGAUUCCAAUGAGUACAACGAUAAACUUGUGAAAACAUUUGUGGAGCAGCUACCCUCAAGUUCAAGUUUGCAAGAACAAUCAAUGACUAAUCUGUCUAAUGCCAAACUAGACAAAGCACUGGAUCAGAUAUCUAGUCGUCUAAAUGUCCGAACUUAUUCAGAAAAUGGGAAACAGAAAUUCAAUGGUAUCUCCAAAUUAGGUCUAUUUUUGGACGAUGAUGCUGAACCUAAUUCCUAUGUUAUUUCAAUGCUGGGCAAGGUUGAAUUUAAGCAAACAUAUGUUGAAGACCGCACAAAUCAAUACUCAAUUUGGGGCGUUGAAAAACCUAAUGUGUUUUUUCAUCCCUCAUUACCUGUCGUCUUUGAUGCCCGCGGAUUAGGAGGUAAGUCCAGAUUCAUCAGAAAGAGUUGCUUUCCCAAUUGCGAGAUCAAAACUGUUCUCACAAAGGAUGGUAAAGGAUGUUAUUUUGUAGUAACUACCACUAAGGAAAUAAAAGCUGGAACUGAACUUACGUUGCCCUGGAAUUGGGAUAGAAAUUCUCCUAUGAGGAGUAUCUUAGAAGGGUUGCCAUUCGACCGAAUAGAAGCACAUAAGAAGCCCCAGCUGGUGAGAGCAGUUGAGAAUAUUCUCAAUUUUUGUGAGUGUGCUUGCGCUAUACCUGCUAAUUGCGGGCUCUUCAAGGUUCGCAAGGCAACUUCGUACUUGUUCAGGUCAACAAGGAAAACCAACCAAUCGAACUUAUCUAAUGGACCUGUAAACAGUCUAAACAAGUAUGACGAAAUUUAUAAGACCGAGAACUUUUCUGACCACAUACCUAUUCAAACUCGUUUGAGGAACAGAACUUUACAAAUUGAUAAAUUGGCUUCAAACGAAACUCUCGUAGACAAGACUGAAAGUACUUCAGCUGAAAAGUCUGAGGGGGAUAAUAAUGGCAACUCCUUGAAUGAGAAUGCGUUUGUGAAUAAACGAUCGAAGUCAAAUCAAUCGAUUCUUGACAGGCCUCGAGAACUACUUCCAUACAUUUACAGAAUUUUGAAAGAGGCUCAAAGAAAGAGAAACAGUAUUAAAGACACAGGAACAAAACUAUCUGAACGCUCCAACGAUAUGAAGCCAACCAUUGAAAGCACUUCAGGCUCUAUUGACGAUUUUCCAACUCCAGUGCUUUUAUUGAAUGAUCCUGUUGAACGGACGAAACCUGGGAUUAAAUCGGCCAGUCCUUCAGGCAAGGAAGUGAAGGAAAAGAAGAAGUUUUCUCUUGCUGAUUAUAUGAAGAAAAAAAAUAACGGCAUAAUAUAUACUGAAGUCUCACAUUGA